UAGUACUAUAUACGUUUUGCGAUUAGAUUAAUCCCACUCUAUGACAGAUUUCAACAUGCAAGUUAGAAUUUGAUUGAUAGUUAUUCAAUGACCCGCAUGCAGUGAACAUCUUGAAUAAUUUUCUCUAUAUUCAGUUUUACCAAGAUAGCCUCGUAAUGGCUUUUAAAAAUAAUUAUUUGAGCUUGUCCCUCAUUUUUUAUUGCGCUAGUUUCGUUUUCGGUGACCCUGUCAACGCGAAUUAUAAAAUAGAACUUAUUCAAGUGUUAUUCAGACAUGGUGCAAGGACACCCAUAGACUGCGAAGCUCGAUUACUGGGAACCAAUGAAACGUUGUACAAACCAUGGGGAUUCGCUCAGUUGACGAAUCAAGGGAUGACGCAGGAAUACAAAAUCGGUCAGAUGCUGCGGGAAAGAUACAACAAUUUUCUCCCAGAAUUGUAUAAUCCACGAGAUAUUUACGCGUAUGCUUCCGGAGUGGGGCGGACAAAGGCAUCUCUUCAGCUUGUACUUGCAGCGCUAUAUCCACCAGCUAAAGAGUUACAAUGGAACAGCGAAUUUAACUGGAUGCCGAUACAAAUAUUUUCCAAUCCAAAGCCUUUGGAUAUACUCAUAAGUUCUAAAAAAUGCCCAAAGUAUAGAAAAACUUUGAAAGAAUUAUACGAUUCAACGGACUUCAAAGUACUGGCAGCAGAACAUGAUGGAAUCCGAGCAACCUUAAAAGAUAUUUUUGGAAAUGAGUUCACAUUCGACGACAUUUUUUGUAUUAUCAGUGCGGUUUUAGUUCACAAAAACAUGAAAUUGCCUUUACCUCAUUGGUACACCGACGAGAUAUAUUCGAAGUUGAAGAAGGCAAUAGACUUAUACCUCGAUUCUUUGUCUUACACCCCAGCCCUCAAAAGGUUAAACGGCGGCAUGUUGGUGCGAAGAUUCGUCGAAAAUAUGAACAACUCUAAUAUGGAAUUGAAAAGAAGGAAAAUUUACCUAUACAGUGCUCACGACAAAACUGUACAUGCUUUUGCAAGGUCACACGAUCUAGAACUUGUCAAGCUCCCAGAUUAUGGAACGGCCGUAAUACUAGAGAAAUUGAGUGACGCACAAGAAAAUCUUUAUGUUCGGCUUCUAUUAUGGACUGGCGAACCGAAAAAACUGACUACUUUGAAAUUGCCAAACUGCGCAGAAGUUUGUCCAUUGAACGAGUACUUGGAAAUUGUCGCUCCAAUCUUGCCAACGGAUGAGGAAAUGCUGUGUCUAUAUGAAAAUUUACAGCCGAAAGACUUGCAGAAGCUUUUUAAUACAGAUGUACCGAAUAUCGAUGAUUAAUUCACGAUGUUUGAUUACCAUAAGCAGAUCAAUGUAUAUUCACUCCUUUUUUUCAUUCACAAAAAUUUGCGCGGACAGUCGAUGAGGAAAAAAGAAGAAAAAAUAUUUGCACACGAAAUAAUUUAUUAUUACACUAAUUUAACAGUUAUGUAUACCAGUAAUGCGGUUAACAUAAUGCCAUAAAUACACUAUCAAGCUAUUCAUAUACAUUACACUUAGAAAAAAAAUAAUACUCUGGAAAAUAGUUUUACUACUGUAAAGUGCCACGUGUUCUAUUCUCUUUAUCAAGAGCAUCCCUUAUUUGCUUGAUGAUUCCGGAAGCAACGUUGAUUUCAUUUCUUGUGAUUUUAGAAGCAAGCGAUCUUUUAUCGCACUUUAUGUCUUCAUCGGAAGGAGUGACGUGAGCCAAAACUUUCUGGAAGUUUUCAAGAGUACAUGGACUUCCACAUCCUUUAAUGGUCAUCUCUUCGUGUUCACUCGGUUUUCCCUUAUAGUACUUGACCUGUUUUAAGAACGUAUAUUCACAUGAAGUCCACUGAAUGCUUUAAAAUUAAAAUAACAACUGUUGCGACUUACCUUAACACUGUACACGCCAUCGUCCUCGUGAAGCUCGACGAACACGGCGCUCGAAUAUUCCGGUGGGUGUGGAUAAUACAGUCCCAAAACUUGAAGUACUGCGGCGAUAUUUGUCUCGUGGCCACUGUACAGCUUGAUCCUUUGAUCCACGAUGCUCUUGUCUCCUUUGCUGUACAAAACCAUGUCGUCAAUGAAUUUUCGCAGCAACAUUCCACCGUUCAGUUUCUUCAGCUCGUCGUUGAAACUGGCAAUAUCGUACUCUAGGUUGAUACCAUCGAGUAGUUUACCAGUAGGGAAGAUUGUGUAUGCCCAACUUGGCAGAGUUAGAUUCAUGGCGUACUCGGACAUCAGAGCAAACCACAAAAAGUACAGAUCGUUGGAGUUCUUAAUUUCUUUGCCAGUUUCGAUGGUCAAAUUCCGCAUCAAGGGUUCAAACACCCUGAGCUUGUUUUGGAAUUCUUCCGAUGCUUCAGCUCUUGCACGAGCUUCGAGGUACCUAUAGAAAAAUUUUCAAUUUCACUCUCAAAAAUAUGUUUUUUUUCUAUUCUAUAAAUCGUUUUAAAUAUUGCUCUUUCUACUCACUUGGGACACUCUUCGGGUACCAUAAGGUUGUCGUCCAGACUGUGUACGUAGGUAGCAGGUAUCGGCUGCCAGUGUAGGUCCUUGUUCCAAUCUUGUGCGUCUUUGGGCGGGUAGAGAGCGGCUAAGACUAGCUGGAGACUCAUUUUCGUUCGGUCGCUGUUGGUACUUCUAGCACUUACUUCCGAUGCAUGAUAAAUGUCACCCAAAAAAUCACCGUAAUGUUCUCGGAGAUGUGCUCCCAAUUUAUAUUCUCUCAUUUUUCCGUUCUACGUACAGCAAAUAUAUUAAUCGAUGCUGUGAGGAAAAUCAUAUACAUGUGCAUACUUACAUUUGUCAGUCCACCCAGUCUCAUCGGUUCGAAAGGAUCAUUCUUGUGGGGAUCGUUCGGAUAAAUCUCUAAGCCAUUAUCGUCAGGAGCACGAUCGCCGUGUCUAAAGACCUGAAAGAACAGACAAAUUUUUUACAAACAAAUACUUUAAUAAUAAAAAUAUGAGGAUACUUACAACAUUCAACAGUUUCAGUUCAGCUUGGACGCUGCUGAAAUAAAUGACAAGAAUAACGGCCAAAAGAGAAGAUUUCAUGAUGAGAACCAUCUUUUGAACCGAUUUUCUAAUAGCUCUAUUAGGCAUGAACCGCGCACCAGCAUUUAUAUAUCUCCGCGCGGCAAUAAAAAAAAUUAUAAUAACUUGAUCGUGCUUUUCAAUUCGUGACACGCGUGGCACAUUAUCGCAAUUAUCAAAAGAUCGCCUACAGUUACUUUACGUGCAAACAUUUUGUUACGCAUAUGUCAAUAUGACUGCCGGAUAAUAUAUUCAAUCAACUAAUAUAUGAUGCAACUUUCCUUUUAAUAAAACGAUUCUUGUUAUUUUUA